AUGGCUCUUCUUCUAUCAGCAUCUUCUUCUUCUAAGAGAUGGAAAUACAAUGUAUUUCUCAGUUUUAGAGGCAAAGACACCCGUAAAAAAUUUACUGAUCAUUUAUAUGCAGGAUUGAAACAAAAAGGCAUAUCCACUUUCAAGGAUGAUGAAAAACUCAAGCAGGGGACAUCUAUUGCCCCAGAGCUCUUGAAAGCAAUAGAAGAAUCGAGGAUUGCUGUCGUUAUUCUAUCAAGAGACUAUGCUUCUUCGAGUUGGUGCUUAACUGAACUAACAAAGAUCGUUGAGUGCAUGGAAAAGACGGGAUUGGUUGUUCUACCUGUUUUUCACUAUAUAAAUCCUAGUGAUGUGCAGAAUCAUAAAGGGACUUUUGGAGAAGCCUUUGCUAAACAUGAAGAGAGUUUCAAGGAUAACAUAGGAAAUGUGCAAAUGUGGAAAUCUGCUCUGACAAAAGUUGCUGAUCUUGCUGGAUGGGAUUUAAAGGAUAACCAUGAAUCAAUAGUUAUCCAAAAAAUCAUUGGAAGGAUAUUUAGUGAAUUGUAUCACAAACUCCCUUGUGUUUCUAAGGACCUUGUUGGAAUGGACUCCUUUGUGGAGGAAAUGUUGGAUUCAUACUUGGGUGAAGGGUUGGGUGGUGUUCGCUUUGUUGGGAUAUGUGGGAUGGGUGGAAUAGGCAAAACAGCCCUUGCACAAGAAAUUUAUAGAAGAAUUUAUGGUAACUUUGAAGCUAGUAGCUUUAUUGCUAAUGUUGGAGAAGAAACUAAAAAUCAAGGUCUAGUUUCUUUACAAAAACAACUUCUUUCUAAGAUCCUCAUGGAAAGUGAAAUAAACAUAUGGAAUGUCUAUGAGGGAAUCAAUGUUAUAAGGAAUACAAUAUCUAAUAAAAAUGUUUUUAUUGUUCUUGAUGAUGUGGAUGGAGAAGAACAAUUAGGAGCAUUGGCAGGGGAGCAUGAUUGGUUUGGUCUAGGGAGUAGGAUCAUUAUAACAAGCAGAGAUAGCCAUUUAUUGAGAAGAUGUGGUGUUGAUGAUAUAUAUACAGCUAAGGUGUUGAACAACGAUGAUGCUUUGCAACUUUUUAGUUGGAGAGCUUUCCAUAAACCUUAUCCUAAAGAAAAUUAUGUGAACUUGUCCAAGGACUUUGUGAAUUAUGCUAAUGGCCUUCCUUUAGCUCUUAAAGUUUUAGGUUCUUCGUUGUUUGCUAAAAGAACGAAUGAAUGGAAAAGUGCCCUAGAUAAACUAAAAGAAGAGCCUAAUAGAAACAUUUUGGAUAUACUUCAAACAAGUUUUGAUGGGCUAACAAAUAUGCAGAAAGGAUUGUUUUUAGAUAUUGCAUGUUUUUUCAAUGGAGAGAACAAAGAUUGCAUAAGAGAUAUUCUAGAAAGUUUUUGUUAUUAUCCAGACUACAAUAUUGGCGUUCUUAUGGACAAAUCUCUCAUAACCAUUGAUGACCAAGGAAUUUUAUGGAUGCAUGGAUUGCUACAAGAUAUGGGCCAAGAAAUCGUUCGUCGCGAAUCUCCUAAAGAGCCUAGUGGACGUAGUAGGUUGUGGAUUUAUGAGGAUGUCAUUCAUGUAUUGAAGAAUAAUAGUGGAACAGAGGUAGUUGAAGGCAUAAUGCUAAACAUACCUAUUCAAAAAGUGGAACACUUGAGAGUUGAAGCCUUCUUAAAGAUGAAAAAUUUGAGAUUGCUCAAAAUUGGUAUUGAGAAACUUCCACAAGACUUCAUAAAUGGUACUGUGCAACUUCCAAAAGACCUCAAUAGAGGUAAGGUGCAACUUCCACAAGGUCUCAAUUAUAUUUCUAAAGAGUUACGUCUUCUUGAAUGGUAUGGAUAUCAUUUAAAAUGCAUACCAACCAAUUUUCAACUAAACAAACUUGUUGAAUUAAGAAUGCAUUGUAGUGGCAUCAAACAACUAUGGAAAGGAAAUAUGAAUUUAGAUGAGUUAAAACUCAUUGACCUAAGUGACUCUCAAAACUUGAUUGAGAUCCCAAACCUUAGUGGAGCCCCAAAACUUAAGCAAUUGAUUCUUCGACAUUGUACAAGACUAUAUAAGAUUCACACAUCACUUGGAGAUCUCAAACAACUUAUUCGAUUGGAUCUAAAUGGUUGCAAAUGUCUCGAAAGCUUUCCUCACAAGAUCAGCUUGGAAGCACUUGAAAUUUUCGAUCUUGGUGGUUGUUCAAAAUUGAAGAAGUUUCCAGAAAUUGUUGGAAAUAUGUCAUGUUUGUUAGAACUUUGUUUGAGUGAGACUACGAUAAAUGAACUACCAUUCUCAGUGGAGUAUUUUACUGGCAUUAUAAAAUUGGACCUAAGAGAUUGCAUAAACCUUUUAAGUCUUUCAAAUGGUUGUUGUUAUUUGAUGUCUCUAAAAAUUCUCACUUUAUCUGGGUGCUCAAAACUUAAUGAAUUGCCAGAAAAUUUGGGGAAUAUUGAAGGUUUAGAGGAACUAGAUGUGAGUGGAACUGCUAUAACAGAGUUACCUUUAUCUGUUGUUCACUUAAAAAAUCUCAAAGAAGAAGAAGUCCUGAUCUCAUGGGCAUGUUAG